UCUCGUGAGCAUUUUUUUUUGUAUCUUUUAGACAUAUUUAUUUGAUUUUGCAGCUAUUUAAAGCUUUCUCUCUCUCUCUCUCUCUCUGUUUCUCUCUGCUAAAGUGCUGACAUAUAAUCCAUCAGACAGCCUCUAAUUACAUGUGAUGUGAAAAGUCCUGAUCGAUACUUUCCAACAGGCCGUGCUAAAUACAGAAAUCAAUACACUGCUGACUGUUAGAGUGAGACAAGAGGGGGGAGUCAGAUAGUUCCUGUGAUGACAGUUCAGACAGAUCCACGUAUAUUAAAUCUAAAUAUUUGAAACUUAGAUUAGUAUUUUAUUAGUUUACCAUCAGAAUCCAGUCAGUGACCUCUGAACCCUUACAAUGAGUACUGUGGAGAUACCGGCUGGUUUGAGGGAGCUGCUGCAGGGAUACACGGUGGAGGUGCUUCGUCGCAGGCCUCUUAACUUGGUUGAAUUUGCGGUGCAGCAUUUCACAACGAUUCUGGAGGGCCAAAAAAACGACCAAAAGGGCCAGAAAAAACGCAGCUUCAAAUCCUCACGGAAAGGAGUGACCUUUGAACCAAAGUCAAAUAAGGAAGAUGAGGAGGAGGAAGAGACUGUUAAAUCUCUAGCAAGUAAAUACAACCGCAGAGUUUCAGUCUGUGCAGAGGCGUAUAACCCCGAUGAUGACGAGGACGACGACUCAGAGCCUCGGGUUGUGCAUCCCAAAACAGACGAGCAGCGCCGCAGACUCCAGGACGCCUGCAAAGACAUUUUACUGUUUAAAACACUUGAGCCGGAGCAGUUCUCAGAGGUGUUGGACGGCAUGUUCGAGGUGUUGGUCAAACCUCAGGAACACAUAAUCGACCAGGGAGAGGAUGGAGACAAUUUCUACGUCAUAGAGAAGGGUGCGUAUGACAUUUUCGUGGAGAAGGAUGGAGCGAAUGUGUGUGUAGGAAAAUAUGACAAUAAAGGGAGUUUCGGCGAGCUGGCUCUCAUGUACAACACACCAAGAGCUGCUACCAUUGUUGCAACACAGGAGGGCGCUCUGUGGGGGCUGGAUCGAGCCACAUUUCACAGACUCAUUGUUAGAAAUAAUGCAAAGAAGAGGAGGAUGUACGAGGCCUUCAUUGAGUGUGUUCCUCUUCUGAAGUCUCUGGAGCUCUCUGAGAGGAUGAAGAUUGUAGAUGUUUUGGGAGCUCGAGUGUUCAAAGAUGGAGAAUGCCUAAUAAGACAAGGGGACGAGGCUGACUGUUUUUACGUUGUUGAAUCGGGAGAGGUUAAGAUCAUGAUAAAAAGCAAAACUAAGGCAGGCCAGCUGGAUAACUCUGAGGUGGAGGUGGCUCGUUGCUCUCGGGGACAAUAUUUCGGGGAGCUGGCGCUGGUCACCAACAAACCUCGAGCAGCAUCAGUUUAUGCUGUUGGAGAAACCAAAUGUUUAGUAAUUGACAUCCAGGCCUUUGAACGUUUGCUGGGACCCUGUAUGGACAUCAUGAAGAGGAAUAUUUCCCAGUAUGAAGACCAGCUGGUGGCACUCUUUGGUUCCAGUGUAGAUUUAAAACACUAGAUAUGGCAUUUUAUAACAAAGUAGUAUUUUAGUUUAACAUAGUAGCAGUGCAUACAACAUGAUUUUUCCCUUUGAUGUAAAUGGAACAUACAGCCUUUUCUGUUUUAUAUUUUGUUGGUCGGUCAUGUUUGCCCCCAUUACUAACAAUACAAUUUGGUUAACUGAUUUAUGGUGGCUGAUGAUGCCACCUGGAGCUGUCAGACCAAAGACAAGCUAAGGAUGGAGCAGAGGUAUUCUGGGUUUUUCUUUAAGAAUACAUUUCAAAUACAAAUUCAUUUGAGUUUAUUUUACUCAGCUGGCCAGGCAUGGACUGAUAAUUCAAUAAUACUGUCCAAGUGCUGUACCAAUAACCAUUUGCACUUUGCCAAUCAAGAUUCUUAAAAAAAACAACACAACAUAUAAAAUAAAGGAUUAUAUCUUCUAUAUUCAAGUUUUCUGGAGUUUGUUUUAUUUGAGUUACAAAAUAUCAAGUGCCAUCAGCAGACUGCACAGGAGUUUGCCAACCUUCAUGUGACAAGUAUUUACACCCAAAAAUCAAGGCUAUCCAUUGAAGUUUCGCACUCUGCACACUGGUAUGUCCCAGAGUUCAAGUCUGUGUCAAGAUGUCCAAGCUCCAUAGUCAAAAUUUAAAUAUUUAAAAUAUUUACAAAGUCCUGUAUCCAAAAAUUCCCAAAUGUAAUGUAGCUUGUUCAAUGUAAAGGCAGGUGGCCAAAGAUGUAACUGCUUCAGUAGUGAGAAAACGAGCAGAGCUGGUGGAAAUAAAGGAGUUGUUAAGCGUACGUGGUCCUCUACAGAGUCUCCAUGGUUUCACAAGUUAAUUCUCCCUCCUCUAAAGAAAGCCUGGGUGAGGAAGUCUGUACAUAAUUAUUUAAAAUUACAGGUUGAAAUGUCGUUCAGCCACUGUGACACAACAGCUUCAAUGAACUUCUCUUAAGAAGAAAUGAAUAUGACAAUCAAUAAAAGACUAAUGGAAAAAAAAAAAAAAA